GCCGCCUCCUUUCAUGAAUCACAAUUCCCCUUCAUCAUUUCUUCCAAAAUUUCAAUGAAUUCUUCGUUCUUUCACUCCCAAAACGCCGAUUUCUCGCCGGAAUCUUCCUUCGGCUCCUUCGAAUCGCUGCAAUGGGAAGGCUUCCAAAUCAACGACGACUCUCUGCCCUUCAACGAGAAUGAUUCCGGCGAAAUGCUCCUUCACAGCUUAAUCUCCGAGGCUGCCGGGUACCCACCGGAGAUUUCCCUCCGGCAGGCUCCGAUCAAAGACGAGGAGGUCGAUUCCCUCGGAGAAGAAGAACCCCACAAGCGAAAAUCCUACAGAGGAGUCCGCCGGCGGCCAUGGGGAAAAUUCGCGGCGGAAAUACGGGACUCGACCCGAAAUGGGGCUCGGGUUUGGCUCGGAACAUUCGACAGCGCCGAGGCGGCUGCUUUAGCCUAUGAUCAAGCUGCUUUUUCAAUGAGGGGUUCCGCCGCCGUUCUUAAUUUUCCGGUGGAAAGAGUUCAGGAAUCGCUGAAGGAGAUGGAGAUGAUAAACUCCAGUGAAAACGGCGGCGACGGUGGAUCUCCGGUGGUGGCGCUGAAGAGAAAACACUCGAUGAGGAAGAAAUUCACAAGGAGAAAGAGCAAAGAAAGAGAUGGGAGUGGAAAGAUUGUGAAUAAUGUGGUUGUUUUGGAAGAUCUUGGGCCUGAUUAUUUGGAAGAACUUCUAGAGUCGUCGGAGAAUCUCCGGCCAUAGUCAAUUUUUACCAGAAGAACAUCAUAAAUUUUGGUUGAUUCAUUAAAAACAAACACCUCCCUCAUCAACAUUUUCAAUAUUACGCUCAUUUAUUAAUACAGUUUUCAAGA